UGGGCGUUCGAGCGACUGAGGCCACUUCGACCCCAACUGCUGACCCCAAUAAUAGCAGAGGAUCUACCUUUGGGUGACAGGUGCGUACUUACUAGUAUUUAUAAUGUUUUUGUAAAUCAAUGUAUUUAUUCGUCAAUGUAUUUUUUAACAGGUGGGGCGGGCGUAGGGAUCGUCGGGCAGUCCCGAGGCACAGCAUCCAUGCCGUGAGAUUAAUUUUGGAUGGCCUGCGAUACGAGGAUAUCCACUGGCAGCCAUAUUCUGACGAUAUUCUCAGCUCGAUCCCUCGAGAGUACCUCGAUGGGGCACAUCUCUGGCGUGCGCGAGUCCCACUCAUUUACUAUAACAUUGUGGAGUGGCACCAGCCAGACAGGGCGCUUCAGCAGUUCGGCCUAGUUCAGCCUAUUCCGUUGCCCCCCUUGCAGACUGAGGAGCUUCACAACGUCCGCUACCGGGGUUCCUCGAGCUUCGCAUAUGAGAUGGACUAUUGGGUGCAACUUUGGAACAAUAGAAACGCGUUUAUAGUUCAGGGCCGGCAGCUUCAGCACCCACCCCAUUACCAUUCCCAGUACAUGGACUGGUAUAGGCGUCGAUGCCGGAGAUGGAUUACACUUCAGGGUGCAGAGGCUGGCACUAGUCGCGAUUUGCAGGAGAGAACCCAUGUUACGGGGGAGGCCAGUUCGAGUGCCGCUCGCAGGAUUAGGUUUGGUGCACGAAGUUCUCAGCUUGCUACCAUGGAGGAUCGCAGGGACGUCACACUUCCCCCUCCUGAGCCAGCCGACCAACCAUACCAGCUGCCUCCGCUCCCUCCCUGUCAGGUCGAUUUAAGCUCUAUUAGAGGACGGCGUCGACAGCCACGCAGAAUGCCUCCACAGCCCCGUCCAGAGCAUGUGUACCCUAUCCCAGAGCCAUUAUUUUUUCACACGGAGGUGGCGGGUACCUCAGACAUACCGCAGCCGGACUACUGGGAAAGACAACAUUACGGGUCAACCUCCGGGGCGACACCCCAAGCAUCAUAUCCACAGUUUCAGGUCCCGCCUGCGUCGAUGCCGUAUGUUGACUCAUUUUUUGGAGAUACGACCUUUACGACCACUCAGGAUCGACCAGGGCCAUCUGAGUCACAGGUCCCCCCGGCGCCGAUGCCGUAUAGUGACUCAUCUUUUAGACAUACGGCAUUUGCCAACACUCGAGAUCCUUUUGCGCCAUCUGAUUCACAGGUUCGCCAACCGCCGAUUCCGUCUUUCCAUUCAUAUCUGGGAGAGAUGGGAUAUACUCCACUAGGUACGCCGGCUCAGCCAGAGUCAGAUCAGUCAUGGCCUGCACCGCCGACGCAUUCAGAUGUCCCAUGGCGUACGUCGACAGAGUCGGAUUUCAUUGAACAGUUGUUCUACUAUCCCGCCGCACCUACUGCAGGACAGGCGUCAUCGUCACAUCAGAUCUGUCUGCUGAUCCGUUUUCCGGUGAUCGGUUUCAGCAUUUUACGCCUCCUAGUUUUACCCUUGUAUCCGGACAUCACCUCGCAGGAUCUGCGAGACACUACUCCAGCUCCGGUUAUUGAACAGCCACACCAGCCUACAGACGAAGACAGUGACGAUUCAGAAGACAACGACGAUUCUGAUACCAGUGACGAGGGUGACAGUGGCGACUAUAACCCUGUGACUGAUACCUCACGUCACCGACGCACUCAGCAGGGUUAUGACAUGAGAACCCGCAUGCGGAAACCGGCUCGAUAUCGUGACUAG